AUGGCCGAUCAAUCCAAGACCUCAGCCACUGUUCAUCCACCACCAACCACCAAUGUCCGUCCACCGCUGCCGUCAAACACCUCCUGUCCCUACUCCUCCAUACGACCGGCACCACCCACACACCACAAACACCCUCACAAUACUGCAACAAUCCGGCAAGAAAACUGCACCUUCCACUGCCUAUUUUUCACACCUUUCGCCAUUGGCUCCGUCAUCUUCUUCCUACCCAUCAUUACCUUAAUGAUUCUCGACCCGGAACUUCCCAAGUUCCGAGUCGACUCCGUAACCGUCUCAAACUUCAAUAUCUCCCCCACCACACCUCCCCUUCUUUCCGGCCACUUCACCGUAAUCAUCAGCGCCCGUAACCCUAACAGCAAACUUACUCUCUCCUAUAACCACCUCGACGCCGGAAUUUAUCUCGGGAGCAAUCAACUCUCGGGAACUACCCUCCCGCCAUUUGCUCUCUCAAAGAAGAACGAAACCUCGCUUACAGCAAAUUUUGUCGCUGUUGGGGCUUACGUGGACCGGGCUGAGAGUGAAAAUCUGGUAUUCAACUUGAAGAUUCAAAUGAAAGUUCGCUAUAAAGCUGGUUUUUGGAGAAGAGUGACGUGGUUGGAGGCCUUCUGCCCGGGAUUGUCUGUCAGGACUAAUACUGUAAAGAGUGGUUCAAGUUCUGAUGUUUGGAGUCUGAUUGGGGGAGCUAGAUCCUGUGAGGUUUGUUAAGAAGCCCAUUAAUCCAAGUCUAAGGGAAUUACAGAAUGAUUAGUGAGAUUUUAAAAAGUUAUUAGUAGCUUUAUAGUACCAAUAGAUUCCCAACAUAUAGAUGACUGAUGUA